AUGUCACCUUUCGACCAAACGCACGCAGCCCUGGUCACAGUUGCGCCCCGAGCGCCCCUGCAGAUCCAGCAACGUCUAACACGACCCCCUCGAGGCAAUGAGAUCUUGAUCCGUAGCAGCUUCACUGCGUCGACGCCGUUGGACUUGCACCGCGCGGACGGCGGACUUUUGGUCCAUGGCGACGAAUGCAUGGGCGCAACGACCGUAGGCAUCGUCUCCGAGGUGGGACCAGACGUAACUCGCUUCAAGCCUGGCGACAGAGUAUUCGGGUGGGCUUUCGAGAGCCAGGAGCAGAGAGCGCACCAAGAAUAUGUCACAGCGCCGGACUGGCUGUUUGCGCACAUUCCGGAAGGAUUCUCCAUGGAGCAGGUGGCCACAGUGCCGGAAAAUUUGAUUACCGCUUUCAACACCAUCGGCUUUGACCUCGGGCUGCCGACACCUUGGCCCAAGCCCGAGGGCUAUGUCCCUCCAAGGGCCGCGGAGCCGAUUCUGGUGUGGGGAGCCGCGUCAAGCGUUGGGCAGUUCACGGUCGAGCUGCUCAAGUUCUACGGAUACAGGCACGUUUUGGCGACUGCUAGCCCUGUCCAUCAUGAGUACCUCCGGGAGCUCGGAGCGACAGAGUGCUUCGACUAUCGGGAUCCCGAGAUCACCAAAUUGCUGAUGGAGGCGGGUCGGCGGAUCAGGGGGGAUGCGAAGCCCACGAUUCCAAUGAUUGUUGACUGCAUCGGGUCCGUCUCGGGGACGCUCGAACACAUCUCCAAGGUCGCGGAAAAGGGAAGCACAGUUGCUGUCAUGAUUCCCGUUAUUUUGAAGAUGCCAACGCAAACCCAAGCCCCUGAGUACUCAAUGGAGGUUCAUGGACACAACAAGUGGAACGAUGGAGUCAGCUUACGGGGAGUGCGGACAUUUUUCGUUUACAAGAACAGCGAGUUCUUCAGAGAGAAGCUCGCAUCGCAGAUCGUGCCCGAGGCACUGGUCCAAGGCAUAGUCCGACCACAAAGAUAUCGUGUGAUUGAAGGGAAGACCAUGUUGGAAAGAGGCGAGAAAGCACUUGACGCGUUAAGGGAUGGAGUUAGCGGGGAAAAGUUGGUGUGGCGGACAAACAACGAAUGA